AUGGGGGAGAAGAGGAGACAGAAGGAGACAAAAAAGAAAAAGAAAAAGAAGGAGGAGAUAGAAAAGAAGAAGAAAAAAAAGAAGAAAGAAAAGAAGAAGAAGAAGAAGAAGGAGAGGAGACAGAAAAAGAAGGAGACAGAAAAGAAGAAGAAGAGACAGAAGGAGAAGGAGACAGAGACAAAAAAGAAGAAGAAGAAGGAGAAGGAGACAGAGACAAAAAAGAAGAAGGAGAAGAAAAGACAGAUGGAGAAGGAGAAGAAGAGACAGAAGAAGAAGAGACAGAAGAAGAGACAGAAGAAGAAGGAGACAGAGACAAAAGAGAAGGAGAAGAGACAGAAGGAGAAGAAGAGACAGAAGGAGACGAAGAAGAGACAGAAGAAGAAGAGACAGAAGAAGAAGAAGAAGGGAAAAUUGCUUCCUUUAAAGCACCCCGGUUUGGUGAAAAUUCUUUGGCUGUGA